AUGUCCUACAACGAGAUUGAACGAUCUGUCGAGUCCAUCAAUGGCAAGAUUGACGACCAUUGGUACGUCUACCAAGAGACACACAACACCCUGGCCCACAUGGACGACAUGGACAGCGAUGCCGCCCUGCACGCAAUGGAGAAGAUGCGCAGGUUAGCCGAUCAAAACGCAGCACAUCGCUUGGUGAGGGCGGAAUUCGACUUCCACUUCGGCCUGCCAGACCCCGAGAACGAAGGAGAACUGAACGACGACUUUUAUUGGAGGCUUUAA